AUGACACAUCCUCGAGGCGUUGACCUUGGAGAAGCUGUGGGGCACCUAAUUCCACCAUGGACCAGCUCUGGCACCCAAGAUUUCCCCCCACACUGCUGCCCCCAGAUGUGGACAACUCAGGGUGGAGGGCAGAUGGUGUGCCUGCCCUCACCUGUCGGGGCACACAGCGUGCCCAAGGCUCCGCUCUUGAGCUCUCUGAAGGACCAGCCAGCCCGAGGGCCAGCCCACCUGAGUACCCUCACAGGUGGCGCGCAGACCACGGCACCGGAAGCGGGGCCCGGGUGCGGCCCGGGUGAGGGAGCCGCAUCACUGGUGCCCAGGCUCAUCCCCAGCCCCGCUGGCGGCCACGACACGCGAGCAGCAGGCACGUGGGUGUGUGUGAGGCCCCUCCGGGGCCCUCUUAGCCGUUACCCGACGCCCAGUAGCCAGCGCGUUGCGGCCUCCAGCUGUACCCCCACAGCUGUCCCUUCCGUCGGCUGCCGCCCGCCGCCCCUCCGUCCCAGGCGCGCCUCCCGCCGAGUCCCCGCCCCUGCCCAGUACCUGCGGUCGCUCUUCCUGGAAGCCACCCCCUUCCAAGCGGUCAGAAAGGCCAUGGACGCGGGCUGGAUUCCGACCGCGGCGCGGGCGGCCCCUCGUGGCGGCGUGGGCGGUCACGGCAGCUCCAGUGGCAGCACCUGGACCGGGAGGGCGGGGCCGGCCCGGCGGCUCCUCCCCGCCGCGGCCCGGCGCCUCCCAGCCUCGCAAGGAGUUGAUGAAACUGGGGCUCAGAGGGGAAAACAGACUUCCCUGAAACGAAGCUGUGGAGCUUGGUCGUACACCCAGAUCUGUCUGCUCCCUCUGCUGCUGCUCCACCCCCAACCCUGCCUGUGGCUGUGUGUGGGCUGGGCAUGGAGGGGGAGACCUGGACAGAGAGCAGACGCCUCAAGGAUUAUCAGAUAUAAUUAGUUUAUUAGAAAUGGAAAUUCUUUACAUGAUAGAAGAUUCUAGAACUUCAGUGGAAUGGCAGCUUCACAUGAAAAUCAUUUCAAUAAUGACUUAUUUCAGUCUACAUACUUUCCAAGAAUGUCACCAUCUUUAAGAGCAUGUUUCCAUGAAGAGAGAGAGGAAAGGAUGAAACAGGAGAAGAUGACAAAAAAAUGAAGACAGAAAUGGCCUCUGGAGUUAGAACCUCAGCCUGAUAGAGCAACAGUAAAGGCAAAUGACCUGUGAAAAAUGACUAUAUUCUUUUGACUUUUUUCUGGAUCUAUAUCUAUAUAUAUAUAUAUACAUAACACCUGAGAACAUGAUUAAAACUUACCUUGGAGAAC